AUGGUAGUGGAAUACUUAUUUCGGGAUGCGGAUGACUACGGUGAUUUUGCUGCUAAUGUUGAAGAUCAUGAAAAUCAUGACGACGGCGACGAUGACCAGGACGUUGACGACAACCUUGACGAGGACUUUGACGAGAACGUUGACGAGAACGUUGACGAGGACGUUGACGACAACGCUGACGACAAAGUUGACGAGAACGUUGACGAGAACGUUGACGAGAACGUUGACGAGAACGUAGACGAGGACGUUGACGACAACGCUGACGACAAAGUUGACGAGGACGUUGACGAGAACGUUGACGAGGACGUUGACGAGAACGUUCACGAGAACGUUGACGAGGACGUUGACGACAACGCUGACGACAAAGUUGACGAGGACGUUGACGACAACGCUGACGACAAAGUUGACGAGGACGUUGACGAAAACGUUGACGAGGACGUUGACGAGAACGUUGACGAGGACGUUGACGACAACGCUGACGACAACGUUGACGGCGACGUUGACUACAAAGUUGACAACGUUGAUUACAACGCUGACUACGACGAGGACGAUGACUACGACGAUUAUAAUGAAGUUAAUGGCGAACAUGAAGACGAUGAAUACCGCCAUUACUACUACGACGAUAAUGAUGAUCAUAAAUUGUCGUUAUGA